AACACCUUUCUUGUUGGGGAUGUGCUUUCUGUGGUCAUCAGAGCAGUCGUUCAUCACGUUUGUGUCUCUUAUUUCCCUUCUCGCAUCAGCUGGCAUCUUCCAGGCCAUGUGUCUCCUGAUCUGUGCUGAGAUGUACCAAGUGUCCAGGCUGCAGCACAUCUGUGAGCUGUUCAUCAUCACGCAGCUGCAGAGUACGCCCAGCCGGGAGCUCGCCUCCAUGAGCCUCGACAUCGUCGACCUACUCAAGAAAGCCAAGUUUCACCACUCUGAUUGCCUCUCCACCUGGCUACUUCAUUUCAUUGCCACUAACUACCUCAUCUUCAGUCAAAAGCCUGCAUUUCAGGACCUUUCAGUGGAAGAACACAGUUUUGUUGAAAAGCACAGAUGGCCAUCAAAUAGGUACUUGAAGCAGCUUGCAGAAUACAGGAAGAAUAUUCACUCCCGGUAA